AUGGCCGGAGACGCGCGCGCUCAUCCCUACCUUCUAUUCUUCCUGAUCGGCCUCGCCGCCUCCUUCACCGUUACAUCGCGGGCGCAGCCGACCGCGCCGACGGAGGUCAAGGUGGGGCUCAUCGUCGACGCCGCCUCGCCCGUCGGCAAGGUCGCCACGACCACCAUCUCCAUGGCCCUCGAGGACUUCUACGCCGCCUUCCCCAACUCCUCCGCUCGGGUUCGGAUCCAGCAGCACGACUCCGGCGGGGACGUCGUCACCGCCGCGUCCGCCGCGCUGCAGCUGAUGACGAGCCAGGGAGCGCGCGCCAUCCUCGGCCCGCAGUCGUCCGUCGAGUCGGCCUUCGUCGCCGACCUCGCCACGCGGGCAGAGGUCCCCGUCGUGUCCUUCUCGGCCACCAGCCCGUCGGUGUCGCCCGCCUCGGCGAGCUUCUUCGUCCGCGCCGCGCUGAGCGACACGGCGCAGGCCGGCGCCGUCGCCGCGCUCGCCACGCACUUCGGGUGGCGCCGCGUCGUGCCCAUCUACCAGGACGACGACUACGGCGCCGCCUUCGUGCCCUUCCUCGUGGGCGCCCUCACCGACGCGCGCGCCGAGGUCCCCUACCGCUGCGCGCUCCCGGAAGGGGCGAUCCCCGACGCCAUCGCCGCGGAGCUGUACCGCAUGGAGUCCGAGCAGACGCGCGUCUUUGUGCUGCACAUGCGCGCCGAGGUCGCAAGACGCGUGUUCGCCGCCGCCGCGGAGGCCGGCAUGACGGGCGCCGGCUACGCGUGGAUCAUCACCGAUGGGCUCACGGGCCUCAUUGGCUUCGUGGACCCGCCGCAGGGCGUCAUCGGGCUCGCGCCCUACGUGCCGACCACGCCGCGGCUGCGCGACGUCAAGAAGCGGUGGGUGCGCCGGUACAUGCGUGACCACCCGGACGACGAGCCGGAGCACGCCGUGGUGGGCUGCUACGCCGUCUGGGCGUACGACGCCGCAUGGGCCGUCGCGUCCGCGGCAGAGCGACUCAGCUCCAGCGACCUAUCAUCGCCACCGGGGCUGGUAGGCGGCAAGGGCGGCCCCACCGACAUCUCCGGGGUCGGCAAGUCAAGAUCGGGCGAGAAGCUCCUCCGAGCUAUCAACGACACGACAUUCGAGGGCCUCGGCGGCAGGUUCGAGCUCAUCGACGGAGAGCUCGCGGUGCCGGCCUUCCGCGUGUUAAACAUCGACGAUGGGAAAGCUAAGGGCAUCGGGUUCUGGACGCCGCGGUACGGGCUGAGCCGACAUGUAGGUCGCGGUUCCAGCAAAGCGGGCGGCGAGCUCUCGCCGUUCAUCUGGCCGGGAGAGUCGACGGUCCGGCCAAGUGGGUGGGCGCAGCCGACGAGCGCCGCGAAGCUGCGGGUGGCGGUGCCGGGGAGGAUCCCGGUGAGCUACCGGCCGAUCUUGCACAUUGACGUGGACCCGGUGACGAACCGGAUGACGGCUGGCGGGUUCGUGAUCGAGGCGUUCGAGGCGGCGGUGCGGCUGCUUCCGUACGCUCUGCCGUUCGAGUACGUGAAGGCGGACCCCAUGCCCUACGACCACUUGGCACAGGCGGUUAACAAUGGGACAUACGACGCGCUGGUGGCGGACAUGACCAUCACGGCGAAGCGGUCGGAGCACGUGGACUUCACAAUGCCUUUCAUCGCCACGUCUAUCACCAUGAUUGUACCGCUACGUGACCAACGGAGCAGCAACAAGUGGACGUGGGUCUUCCUCAAGCCGCUCCGCUAUGACCUCUGGCUCGUCAGCGCCGCCUUCUUCAUCUUCACCGGUUCCGUGGUCUGGGCCAUCGAGCGCCGCGACAAUGAGAGGUUCGGCGGGACGCAGUCGAACCAAGCGGGCACCAUGCUCUACUUUGGCUUCUCCACCCUCGUCUUCACCCACAACGAGAAGCUCAAAAGCAACCUGUCGAGGGUGGUGGUGGUGGUGUGGGUUUUCGUGGUGCUCAUCCUGCAGUCCAGCUACACCGCGAGCCUCACCUCCCUGCUCACGGUGCCGCAGGUCGGGCCGACCAUCCCGGACUACCGCGCGCUGCUGCUGGGCACGGAGAAGGUGGGGAUCCUCAACAACUCCUUCACGCCGCAGGUCAUAAACCAGUCUGGGCUCCCGCAGGACAGGGUGGUGCGGUACCGGAACGCGGAGAGCUUCCAGGAGGCGUUGUUGAACGGUAGCAUCGGCGCUGUUAUUGACGAGACGCCUUACCUCAACAUCUUCCUCCAGACCUACCGGGACAACUUCACCGUGACUGGCCAGGCUAACAUGACCAGCGGCUUCGCGUUCGCGUUCCCCAGGGGGUCGCCAUACGUGACGGACCUGUCACAGGCGAUCCUGAACCUCACCGAGAGCGGCGAGAUGAACAGGAUCGAGCGCAAGUGGCUCGGCGACCCGGAUGACUACAGGUCACAGGGCGGCGGGCCGUUCACGACGAACCAUCUCAGCUUUAGCAGCUUCCGAAGCCUGUUCGUCAUCACCGGCGCCACCUCGCUCAUUUGCCUCUCCAUCCACCUCGCUUUCUUCCAUAAGGAGGGCUACUGGCUGCCCAUCCCGCAGAUCAUGUCACGCCCAUCGUGGAAGGUCAGGCUCCGGAUGUUGGCCAAGCUCUUUGACAGAAAGGUCUACAGCGAAACUAUGCCCGGCCGGAACCAAAAGGAUGAGGGAGCGGUUGCCUCCCCUCAUACCUCGGACGAUGUGAGCAUCGUUGGCAGGCUGCCCAGUGCGCCACACCCCAAAGAGGGGUCUGUUGAGAUGGCGACCCAGACAACUAGUGAGAUCGAGCCGGUCGCCGGUGGCUAG